GAAAAAUGUAAUGUGCCGUGGGUGGUUGACAGCUCGGGCAUAACAAAUGCUAACAAGCCCGCGCUAUAUAGCCUCCAUGCGCGCCUUAUCUUCGCUUCUUCCACUCGCCGUCCCGCAAGCCCCGCCGUCGUCGUCGCACUCGUCGACAAGACACCAUGGUCAACGUGUCGUAUACCGAGUCCUCCUCCGACCUCACCUGGUAUGACCCCGAUGCGGGCGAGGAGUACAUCUACAACCUGGGCGACAUGGCCUGGGUCAUCACUGCAACAGCUUUGGUAUGGCUCAUGAUUCCCGGCGUUGGUUUCCUCUACGCGGGCCUCUUGCGGCGCAAGAACGCGCUGUCAAUGAUGUGGAUGGCAAUGGUCCUGAUCGCGGUCGUCUCGUUUGAGUGGUUCUUCUGGGGCUUCUCUCUCGCAUUCAGCGAGACCAGCACCAAUGCAUACAUCGGCAACCUCAGGUACUUUGGCCUCAAGGGUGUUCUCGAAAAGCCGUCCAUCGGCAGCACCCGCAUACCCUCCUUGCUCUUCUGCCUGUACCAGGGCAUGUUCGCCGCCAUCACCCCCGUUCUCGCGAUGGGUGCCAUCGCCGAGCGCGCGCGUCUCGGUCCCGUCAUGCUCUUCACCUUCAUCUGGACGACGAUCGUGUACAACCCGCUCGCCUACUGGACAUGGAACGCCAACGGCUGGUCCUUCACCAUGGGCGGCCUCGACUUCGCGGGUGGCACGCCCGUCCACAUCUCUUCUGGAACCGCGGCGCUCGCGAUCUCCAUCUACCUUGGCAAGCGUCGUGGCUACGGCACUGAGCGCCUCGCGUACAAGCCGCACAACGUGACCUAUGUCAUCCUGGGCACGGUCUUCCUCUGGUUCGGCUGGUUCGGGUUCAACGGCGGCUCUGCGCUUUCUGCGAACCUGCGCGCUGUCCAAGCAUGCAUCGUCACCAACCUUGCUGCGUCUGUGGGUGGGCUGACCUGGAUGUUCUGGGACUACCGCCUCGAGAGGAAGUGGUCCGCGGUCGGGUUCUGCUCCGGCGCGAUCGCUGGCCUGGUCGCUAUCACGCCAGGCUCUGGUUUCGUUGGCUCUCCCGCUGCGGUCCUGUUUGGCUUCAUGGCCGGCACCUGCUGCAACUUCGCCACGCAGCUGAAGUAUGUCUUUGGCUACGAUGAUACCCUUGAUAUCUUCGCCUCCCACGGCAUUGGCGGCAUCGUGGGCAACGUCCUCACCGCCCUCUUCGCGCAGGCGAGCGUCGCCGGCUUCGACGGCACGACCGAGAUCCCGGGCGGUUGGCUCGACCACAACUACAUUCAGCUCGGGUACCAGCUCGCCGACUCCGUCGCUGGCUUUGCGUACUCCUUCGGCAUGACGACCGUCAUCUGCUGGAUCCUGCACUUCAUCCCCUACUGCCGCCUCCGCACAGACGAGGAGUCCGAGAUCCUCGGCAUGGACGACGCGGAGAUGGGCGAGUUCGCGUACGACUACGUCGGCCUCGAGCAGGAGAUUGGGCACCCGAUCGAUCUGUCGAGGGGCGCGGUGUCUGGCGGGCGGGAGCCGCAUCACCACCACUCGCCGGACUCAGAGCACAGUGGGGAGAAGACGUCGACGGCAUGAGCGCCUUUGCACCUCGGUGUAUGAGUGUGGCUCUGCUUUCGAUCGUUUUUGAGACUUCUGCGUGUCUGUAGCUGCGCGACUCAUACUAUGUACUCACCUUCCUACGAGUCGCGUCGCGGUGUAAUGGACGGAGUGUACGAUUGCGGAGGGGAUGGAAGGAAGGUCGGACUGAUGCUCAGUAGCUAAUUAUGUGGCCACCUCGACGUAGGCCCUCCUUGUCCUGCUUGUUCACCCUUUGUCUUAUUUAGAGUAGUUCUAGGAGAUGGUACUUGGUAAUGAUAUGCAUCGAAGUCA